CUCCCUGCGGGGGGCGAGCCCGGCCCCGCCCCGCCCCGCAGCACAAGGGCAGAGAAGGGGCCGGGAACAUGGUGCCGCUGAGAGACUGCAAGGCUUGGCAGGAUACUGGACUUGUCCUAUCCACUACUAGUAAUGAGGCCUGCAAAAUGUUUGAUGCUACACUGACUCAGUAUGUCACAUGGACCAAUGAUAAGAGUCUAGGAGGCAUUGAAGGAUCUCUCUCCAAGUUACUAGCAGCAGAUCCAACUUUUACAAUGGGACACGUGAUUGCUAAUGGCUUGGUUCUGAUUGGCACUGGAACUUCAGUGAGGUUAGACAAAAAGCUGGACAGUGCGAUGAAAAAGAUGGUGGCACUUUCAGAAUCGCAGCCCCUGACUGAGAGAGAGAAGCUACAUGUUUCUGCACUUGACAUGUUUGCCAGUGGGCGUUUUCCCAAAGCUUGUGAUGUGUGGGAUCAAAUUCUACGGGACCAUCCAACUGACAUACUAGCACUCAAAUUUGCCCAGGCCACUUACCUUUACAUGGGACGUCAAACACAGAUGCGAGACUCUGUUGCCCGUGUUUAUCCUUACUGGACACCUGAUAUUCCUCUUAGUAGCUAUGUGAAAGGCAUAUACUCCUUUGGACUGAUGGAAACUAAUUAUUUUGAUCGUGCUGAAAAGCUUGCCAAUGAGGCCUUAGCUAUAAACCAGUCAGAUGCAUGGUCUGUCCAUACCAUAGCACACAUAAAUGAAAUGAAAGCAGACUUGAAGAAUGGAUUGACAUUUAUGAAGCAAACUGAAAACAACUGGAAGGACUGUGACAUGCUUGCUUGCCAUAAUUACUGGCACUGGGCUUUGUAUUUCAUUGAAAAGGGUGACUAUGAGGCUGCUUUGACAAUUUAUGACAAUCAUAUUGCUCCUGCAUGCCUGUCAAGCAGAAGUAUGUUGGCUGUGCUAGAUAACUGCUCCAUGCUGUACCGCCUUCAGCUGGAAGGUGUAAAGGUGGGAGACAGAUGGAACAAAGUUAUCCCUCUUGCAAAGAAGCACACCAAAGAUCAUGUUUGGCUUUUCAAUGAUGUCCACAUUCUCAUGUCUUUGCUCGGGGUCAAAGACCACAAAACCACCAAUGAGCUCUUAACAACUCUUCAGGAACUUGCCAAGAUGUCCUAACCAGAAUUCUGGUUUCAGCAGGGUAGUGUUUCUGAAGUUAAGUGGGUGUACUUUAGAGAUGUGACUCUUCGUAUCAGAACAGUGGAAUUUUUCUUCUACAGCAUUAAGAAAACUUCACAAAAUAAGCCAAUUACCUGUAAAGGCCCCUUUUGCCGUGAUGCACCAAUUUUAAUCAAUGUUGUUUACAAGAUAUCUAUAAAAUGUCUAUAAGCAUACAAUGAAUUAUCAUUUUAACAUGAAAUUGAGCUAAAAGCACUGUGAAAAUAAUUUUGGAACAACUUGGUUCAGCUAUACAAAUUUGAAUAUUUUAGUAUUUUAGCAAAAUAGAAUGUUUGUCACAUCCUUGUUUAUGUCCAAAAUAUAAAUUUCUUGCUCUUCUUUUUAUAUUGACCGUCAUGAAAGGCGGUAUAAGAAUGGCAUUCCAGUCUUACAUUUUUCCUGCUCUUGUUUUAUGUACUCAGCUUUUCUGUGGGUGAAACUGAUUUUCCUUCUUUCUUUAGAGUACAGUCUGAGUCAGUCAUUGCUUUCUCUUUCUGACCCGUAAGGGCUAUAUGUAAGACGUUUGUGGCAUAAAGGUGCCACAGAACAUGCUGAAAUAGACAAGUUGGGAAAGAGCCAGCUACCUACAAUGACAACUUUUUUCACUUGCAAAAGAAAGGGCCUGUCGUUUGUCUUUCAGUUUUCAGAAGACUAAUGAUCAUCAUAUUCUGCUAAAACAAAUCUUCAUUAAAAUAGUGUAUACAUAGCAUUAGAAAGAUGACAGCAGGGGCAUUUAAAACCAAACAAAAUAGGGCAGCAAGGUUACUGUAGUAAUGCUUUAUCUUAAGCUUCCAUUUAUAAAUGGUGUGUAAAGGUAUAAUAUAUGAUUGAAAGAUGUUAGACACAAGCAGGAUGUGUUAAAGAUAGUUAUGAGUACAACGGAAGGGUGCUUGAUUGGAGUUCUCAACCAUUUUCUUUCUGAGGCCCCCCACCAACAUGCAGUAAAAACUCCACAGCUCACCAGUGCCACAACAACUGCUUUUCUGCAUACAAAAGCCAGGGCCAGCGUUAGGGGAUAGCAAGCAGGGCAGUUGCC